CAGCUGAAGAUUGUUACGCUCUAAUUUUUUUUGGCUACACACUGAACUCAACGCGCACUUCUCCGAUCUGUGUCUUCUAGCUCGAUCUCCCUCCACAAUGCGUCCCUGAUUCUUUUCCCCUUUCAGUUUCAGAUUGUUGAAGGCUUUGAGUGGAGAAGUGAGUGAUGGCAUCGAAGCAAGGUGUGAAACCGAGGAGAUUCGGAGGAGCGAGCAGCACCUCCAAGGGCGCCGCCAAUUCGCCUACGUCUUCCACCACGUCGUCGUCUAAGCAGUUUCUAGAAACUUCCGUUGACGGACAGAGCUCCCCUGCUUCUUCCUCCGCUCGAAGCAAGCCGCACGCGUUCUAUCCGGAACCUGUGCCGUUGGAGGUACACAGGGCCAAAGAGAAUGUCACCGUCACCGUCCGAUUUCGUCCUCUUAAUCCGAGGGAGAUUCGUCAGGGAGAAGAGAUUGCUUGGUAUGCUGACGGAGAAACCAUAGUGCGAAACGAGUAUAAUCCCUCCAUAGCGUAUGCAUACGAUCGUGUCUUUGGUCCCACGACCACAACUCGUCAUGUUUAUGAUGUUGCUUCUCAGCAUGUUGUUAGUGGUGCUAUGGAGGGCAUCAACGGUACAAUAUUUGCAUAUGGGGUAACAAGCAGUGGGAAGACUCAUACAAUGCAUGGUGAUCAAAGAUCUCCUGGAAUCAUACCUCUUGCCGUGAAGGAUGCUUUUAGCAUUAUCCAAGAGACUCCAAAUCGGGAGUUCCUCCUUCGUGUUUCAUACUUGGAGAUAUACAAUGAGGUUGUUAAUGACUUACUAAAUCCAGCAGGACAGAACUUAAGAAUCAGAGAGGAUGCGCAGGGAAUUCUGCUAUUUAGCUUAAGUACCCAAUCAUUUCUUUAUUCUUGACAAAUUUCUACUUUGAUCACAGAGCACAGACAUGUGGGAUCCACAAACUUCAACCUACUCAGCAGCAGGAGCCAUACAAUAUUUACCCUGACCAUAGAGAGUAGUCCAUGUGGUGAAAAUAGUGAAGGAGAAGCAGUGACACUGUCACAACUGAAUCUCAUCGAUCUGGCAGGUUCUGAGAGCUCAAAAGCUGAAACAACUGGCAUGAGAAGAAGAGAAGGAUCUUAUAUCAAUAAAAGUCUUCUAACUCUUGGAACUGUCAUUUCAAAAUUAACCGAAGAUAAACCCAGUCACAUACCUUAUAGGGACUCCAAACUGACUAGACUACUUCAGUCUUCACUCAGUGGUCAUGGACGUGUAUCUCUUAUCUGCACAGUGACUCCUUCCUCAAGUAGUACUGAGGAGACACAUAAUACAUUGAAGUUUGCUCACCGGGCAAAGCAUAUUGAAAUCCAAGCAGCACAAAACAAAAUAAUUGAUGAGAAGUCACUUAUCAAGAAAUACCAACAAGAGAUUCAAUGCCUAAAGGAAGAAUUGGAACAACUAAAGAGGGGUAUUGUUACAGUUCAACCAAAAGAUACUGGGGAAGAUGACAUUGUGCUUCUAAAACAAAAGUUAGAGGAUGGUCAAGUUAAGUUGCAAUCCCGAUUGGAACAAGAAGAAGAAGCUAAAGCUGCUUUGUUAGGAAGAAUUCAACGGUUGACUAAACUGAUUUUGGUCUCCACAAAAGCAUCACAUUCAACCAGAUUUCCUAACAGGCCUGGUCCUCGUAGAAGACAUUCCUUCGGAGAAGAGGAGGUAUUUCUAGUUUUUGUUGGUUAUCCCUGUUGUUUAUCAGAUGCAAUAACACCAGGAUCCUAUACUCCGUUUUUAAAGACAGGUGAUAAAUCCAGUGGUGCAAAAUCUACUAGCACACCUUCAACACCUCAAGGAGAAAGUGGUAACCAUGCAGAAUCCCGGCUUUCUCAUUCUCUAGCUGCAGAAAGUUCUCCAUCUGCUGAUCUUAUAUCAGAGGCAAGAGAGGAUAAAGAUACUCGCGAGGAUAGUUUAUUGGGACCAGAAACACCUUUGACAAGCAUCAAGUCAGUUGAUCAGAUCGAUCUUCUAAGGGAGCAGCACAAGAUUUUAUGUGGAGAAGUUGCCCUUCAUUCAAGUGCUUUGAAGAGGCUGUCUGAGGAAACAGCACGAAAUCCUCAGGAUGGUCAGAUUCAUGUGGAGAUGAAAAAGUUGAAAGAUGAAAUUAAGGCAAAGAGUGAACAAAUAGAUUUGCUGGAAAAGCAAAUUUCUAAUUCUGUCAUUGUUUCAGAUAAGAUGGAUCAAUCAGGAAUGUCACAGACUGUUUCUGAGUUGAUGGCACAGCUAAAUGAGAAAUCUUUCGAACUUGAGGUCAAAGUAGCAGAUAAUCAUAUAAUUCAAGAACAGCUUAGUCAGAAGAUUGGUGAAUGUGAAAAUCUGCGAGAAACGAUUGCUUCUCUGAAACAGCAACUUGAAGAUGCACUGGAGUUGAGAAAUUUUAGCCCUGCAGCAAAUCAUUCUCAACAUGGUGAACUUCAUCUUGACAAGGGAAAUGAGUUGAUAAAUGAUACAAAUGAAGGGCUGCUUUUACAAGCACAGAUAGAAGAGCUGAAGCAGAAGGUGAAAGAACUAACAGAUGCAAAAGACCAGCUAGAACUUCGAAAUCAGAAACUGGCAGAAGAGAGUUCAUAUGCUAAAGGACUAGCUUCAGCUGCUGCUGUUGAGCUCAAGGCAUUGUCAGAAGAAGUUGCCAAACUCAUGAAUCAUAAUGAAAGACUAGCUGCGGAGCUAGCUGCAUCCAAGAAUUCAUCUUCGCAGCGCAGAACCAGUGGAACUGUACAAAAUGGACGAAGGGAAAGUCAUGGUAGACUCAGACGAAAUGAUCAGGGUGGGUCAAAUGCAGAUGUCAAGAGAGAAUUAGCCUUGAGUAAAGAAAGGGAACUUUCAUAUGAAGCUGCUCUUUUAGAGAGAGAUCAGAAGGAGGCCGAGCUUCAAAGAAAGGUUGAGGAAUCUAAGCAAAGAGAAGCGUAUCUUGAAAACGAGCUUGCUAACAUGUGGGUUCUUGUGGCAAAGUUAAAAAAGUCGCAAGGAGCUGACAAUGAUGCUUCUGCGUCAACCAGAGAGUUUCAAUUUAAUGAGUUUGACAUUUGAUAUUGUGGCUUUCGAGUUGAUCCAUUGUUAGCUUAUCAGAAUUUGGUUUUGAUAGGAGUGGUUUCAGAGAGGAGUGUGUAAAGAUUUGUUUUUUCACAGGAAUGUGUGCUUUUCUCUUCCCCCUCCAUCAUUUUCCUUUUUGGUCCAUAUAAAAAAAGGCUCCCCCAUUUGUAUAAUCCUUGCUUCCCUUCUUUCCUUCAUUGCUCCAAAUGUUGUGCUAAUUUGCCCCCUUUUUAUUUGGUUCGCAUCUCUAUAGGGAUAAUGUUUUAAUGCAUGUAAAGUAAUAUUAUUGGUUUCUAAUGUUCAUUCAUAAUGAAGUUGCGAUUGUGUUUGACCCUUUAA